GACCCCCGGAGCGCUCACCGCACAUCUCACCACAGUGCUCGUCGUCGGCAUGGAUGUCGACAGCGAUAUUGGUCCAUUAGGGACCGGAGACCAGCAUGUAAACGCACAAGCUGGCCCGUCGUCGCAGCCGGUGGUUCCGGUCGUCUUUCUUCCACCACGGGGUCCAUCGCCGCGAAAGCCGCCUUUAGAGAGCACUCAGGACCUCAUUUUGCGUUUCCAGCUAUUACGUGCGUACGAUAAAUACGUUCGGCCAUACGCGCAUCCAGCAAGCAGUUCCGGGUCCCAAUCAUCCUCGACGAAUCCAAUCAGCCCCGUCAAGCUAGUUGGUUUCGUGAACAAUGCGUCCACGCCAGGAGCCUUGGACAAGGGGAAAGGUCGAGAGGUACCGCUCCCUGCGGUUGCGUCCACUCCCAUGGGCGCUGCAACUCCAGGAGUAGACGGUGGAGAUGGAGAUGACGGAGAAGAGGACGGAGCCAAAGGGGACAAGAAGCAGAAGAAUAGCUACAGACAUCUUAUUAAGGGGAUUCCAGGCAAACAUUCUACUAAAAAGGACGACUAUCUACAGACCAUGAUGCUUGUUCCUCCGAAACAACGCAUGGACAUAUCAAAAUUUGAUACCAGAACUCAACGGGAUGCAUUCGCGGUUAACUUAGAUGGGCUCAAGGGGUGGAAUAUCAAUGCUCUUGUCGCGGAAUCCGCACAAGCACGAGAAGACAGGAAGAAACGGAAAGAACUCAAAAAGCUUGCAAAAGCGCAAGCACAAGCGGCUCAGGCUGGAAUUUCUCUUUCUGGUCCAUUAUCAGCUGUGCCAACUUCUGCCGCCCCCACUCCUGGCGUUCGUCAGCCACAGACUCCUGCGUCGGUUGGGGUUGGGACACCGCGACCACAAGGUCCUGGACCGGGUCCGCCAGGGCAUGCUACAACUCCUAGUCAGACAUCAGGAUUCGGACCACCACGAUCGGCGACGCCAAAUCCACGUCCUGGGAUCGUUGGGAAGAAACGAGAACUUGACGAUGAUGGGAUUCAAAACGGGAAUAUCCCGGCAAAGCGCCCGCCGCCUGGUAGUGGAGGCUCAAAACCUGGUGUACCCCGGCCAGCCAAGAGACCUCGAACGGACGGGACACCGCAUCAAAUGAGCUUACCUUCGAUACCGCAGCAACAACCGACACCACAGGGCGUCUGACACGUCGAUUCCAUUAUGGUCGAGUUUUAUUCUGGGCGUUCGUUUAAUUGCCUUUUUUUCCGCCCUGCACUGCCCUUUUUGGCACCAUGAUAUUGUUUACAAUUACAUUUCUCCGAUGGGAUUAUUCGUGUUAAUACCCAUUAGAAUUUCGACAACGUUCUCGCACGCACGUUUGACGGUGUCAUCAUCCUUACUGCAAUACACUUUUACACGACUACGCUCGCCAACUCGCCAAUGUACCUGACAUGUUCAUCCUUACCAAUACUACUCAAUUCAGAUGUACCAUCUGCUUACUGACUAACGUACUACGCUAAGUUUUAAAGUCGUUGCCAGUCUAUUCGGGCUUCCAUUUGUCAUACGGUGGGAAUAUUAAUAACCGUUUGGCCUUGGGUUCCUGCUUCCAAAAAUAUUGCAAUUCCACGGCUUCCUUUAUGCACCGACUUUCUAUUUCUACCCCACAUAAUACAAGAAAGAUCGGAUUUGACUCCUUUGCUAUGCAGCUAGAGAGGAAAUCAGUGUAGAUUGU